CAACUUCGCUUUCUGUUCUCAGAGUCCACUCCCCCAUCUCCAUCACAGCUUGCUUUCUCUCAAAAGUGUUUGAACCUCCAUCUUUUACUUUUCUUAAGGAAAAUAAACAAUGGGUAGAUCUCCUUGCUGCGAUAAGAAUGGACUCAAGAGAGGCCCUUGGAUACCUGAGGAAGACAUGAAGCUUAUCACUUAUAUUCAGACUCACGGCCCUGGAAACUGGCGUACCCUACCCAAGAAUGCCGGACUCCAAAGAUGUGGGAAGAGCUGCCGUCUGCGAUGGACUAAUUACCUCCGACCGGAUAUCAAGAGGGGAAGGUUCUCUUUUGAAGAAGAAGAGACCAUAAUACAACUUCACAGUGUUCUAGGAAACAAGUGGUCAGCUAUUGCUGCUCGCUUGCCGGGAAGAACUGACAACGAAAUCAAGAAUUUCUGGAACACCCACAUCAGAAAAAGGCUUCUGAGAAAUGGGAUCGAUCCCGUAACUCAUGCUCCUCGACUCGAUCUUCUUGAUCUUUCCUCCAUUCUGAGCUCAACUCUCUGUAACCAGUCUCUUCUUGGCUUAUCAAGCUUGUUAGGAACUGAAGCUCUCUUGAAUCCUGAAAUGCUAAGGCUUGUAAACACUCUUUUAGCUCUAAAUAAACAAGAAAACCCAGAAACGCUAUUGCAGCAGUAUCUACAGCAAAAUCAGUUUCAGGCCGCUCAGACACCUCAGGAGGUUCCGACAUGCACCACGUCUACGGCACCUUCUAUGAACCAAGCGCAGCUAAUGCAAGGGGAAGUUUUGCAAUCGGAGAUGGGGAAUUUUGGAUGCCAAAAUUGCCAACAGAAUAUGGCACCUUCGAGUUUGGGUGAUAAUUAUAAUUUUGUAUCCCAACCGAACCAUGUACCGCUUAUGUCUGAAAACUCGAACUUUCAGUUUCUGGAUGGAAGCCAUAAUUUCAGCUUUGAUUCUGUCAUGUCGACUCCUAUGUCGAGUCCAACGCCGUUGAAUUCGCCAUCGUUCAUCAAUGGUAGCAGCACUGAGGACGAGAGAGAAAGCUUCAGCAGCUUGCUGAAGUUUGAAAUUCCAGAGAGUUUAGAUAUUAGUGAUUUUAUGUAAAUAGAUAUGGUUAAUUAAUAAUAGUCUGGUUUGUUUGUAAACUAAAUGAACUCUAUUGUUUGUU